CUCAAGUUUUGACACGUCAGCUGUAGUGAAUCGGACACAUUUGAACGUUGCGCGCAAGUAUACUUCCUGGUGCAUCUGACACCAGUGUUGAUAUUUUACCUUUGUGAAUCGUCAAAGGCCUACGCAUGUCGCUUAUUCCGCUGCCAUUGCAAUCAGAUUUGCUGAUUGCACUGCACUCUUCAAUGACUCCGGUGUUACCAUGGAGAACCAUAAUCACGAUCUAAUUACAUAUAAGAAUGGUCGGCAGAGAAAGCAAGUUGGUGCUUCCCUCCACCAUUCUCUAAGCUUGAAGGACGGUGUCAUGACACCGAUGAGCAUCUCUGAGACAGAAAUAGACGGGGUAACAGACAACCUCAUCGCAGGGUCAGACUCCGAGGAGAAGAUGCAUCCCAAAGUGCGUCGAGGUAUUCGGACCGAGUUGUGGAACGUGCUGCUUCUUCUCUUCCUCUAUGUUCUGCAAGGGAUUCCCCUUGGACUGGCUGGGAGCAUUCCGCUGAUUUUACAGAGUAAGAAUGUCAGCUACAGGAACCAAGCUGUCUUUAGCUUUGUUUUUUGGCCAUUCAGUCUCAAGCUUUUAUGGGCACCGCUGGUGGAUGCUCUCUACUUCACCAAGUUUGGUAGAAGAAAAUCGUGGCUGGUACCCACGCAGUACCUACUGGGCCUCUUCAUGCUCUACCUUUCUCUACGAGUUGACUCACUGCUGCAGAGCAAGGGAGGCCCGAAUGUGGUCGCGCUGACAACGGUCUUCUUUAUGCUCGCAUUUCUGGCAGCCACGCAGGACAUUGCUGUCGAUGGCUGGGCGCUAACAAUGCUAUCGCGAGAGAACGUCGGCUAUGCAUCCACGUGUAACUCGGUGGGCCAGACCGCUGGCUACUUUCUGGGUAACGUGCUCUUUUUGGCGCUGGAGUCUGCCGAUUUCUGCAACAAAUACCUCAGAACGGAGCCCAAGGAGAUUGGAAUUGUCACCUUGGCAGACUUCCUGUUUUUCUGGGGAGUGGUGUUCCUGCUUUCCACAACGCUGGUGGCCAUCUUGAAAAGUGAGAACGAGCCUAGCAAAGACAGGGGGAAAGAUCCCGAGGAGACGCAGGGGGUUUUGCAAACCUACAAGUUGCUCUUCACUAUCGUCAAAAUGCCGGCCGUCUUCACCUUCUGUUUGCUGCUGCUCACUGCCAAAAUCGGCUUCUCUGCAGCUGAUGCGGUGACCGGUCUGAAGUUGGUGGAGGCCGGCGUUCCGAAGGCGCAAUUGGCUUUGCUGGCCGUGCCUAUGGUGCCUCUGCAGAUCCUUCUACCGGUGUUGAUCAGUAAAUACACAGCAGGGCCCAGACCGUUGGAUGUCUUCUACAAAGCCUUCCCUUUUAGGUUAAUGGUUGGCCUGGGGUUUGCUCUGCUUGUUGCGUGGACACCGAGUGUGCGGCAAGAAGAAGGCUUCCCCGUUUACUACUACGUUGUUGUACUGCUCAGCUAUGCGGUGCACCAGUUGGCUUUAUACAGCAUGUAUGUCGCCGGUAUGGCCUUCCACGCCAAAGUGAGUGACCCACUCAUAGGGGGAACCUACAUGACAUUGCUGAACACAGUCACUAACCUGGGAGGAAACUGGCCCUCCACCCUUGCACUUUGGUUGGUGGAUCCGCUCACAAGCAAGGAGUGUCGGGGCGCUGUCAACCAAACUUGUGUCUCGCCGGAGGCAGCAGGGCUGUGCGUCAAGGAAGGUGGCGCCUGCGUCACAACGCUAGACGGUUACUAUGUGGAGUCAGUGGUAUGCAUGCUGAUCGGCUUUGCCUGGUGGGUGUGGUUAGGGCCCAAGUUGAAGAGGCUGCAGGAUCACAGUCCAGCUGCGUGGAGAUGCAGAGUUGCAGUUGAUGACUAAAUUAAUCCUAUUUCUUUUUUUUUUUUUCUUCUUCUCGUGCAAAUCAACAUCUGAAUGCUGGACCCUUUAAUUUUGCUAUCUUUUUGCAUCGGGCCUUUUGUUUCUUUGCUGAGGAGUGACCAAAUCAGCUGGCUCGAACACUUAUACAAAUAAGGAUCCACUACCAUAUGCAUCCUAAGGAAAGAAUGUUCACAGUCCCACCCAAAAACUAUGCAACAUACCUGACGGACCACCUUCUGGUUUUCUUUAUUAACUGAUGGGAAAGAAACAGCAAUUUUAAGUGAAUCACAUAGUACUUUGUGUGGUUUGGUGGGAAGUUGUUGAAAAAAAUAUAUAUAUGUAUAUCAUGCUUUUUUAGGGAAGUUUAUUUUACUAAAACGGACCAAGAACAGCAGAGCUUGGAACUUUUUGGCAGUUGAAUUUUUUUUGGGUGCAUUACUGCAGUUGGAAAAAAAGGUGGCUGUAAUACACAAAGUAUUCCGCCAAAAGAAAGCUAACACCAUUAGGGACAAGGAUUUUGUGAUGCAUUCUGAGCUCCUAUGUAAUAUAUACACAUCACACCCGAACAGUCAGCAACAAUGAAACUAUGAAGGAAAAAGUGGCACUUAGUGACUGACAACAGUCUGAAAAAAUAUGGUAGCACAAUGUUUUCACUGGAAAUUUAGUACACUUGCACAAGCCAUAACACUUUUUACUUUACAUUUUUUUUUGUAAAUGACAACCCCCCCCCCCCCAUCUUUUACUCUUUUACUUUACUGUUACAGGUCUGUAAUCCCCAACCAGGUGGGAUUAGACCUCAGGAGUGUCAUUUCUAUUUAUAUUUUUUAUCAAUGUUCUGGAUGCUGGCGUACAUAACCCUGCAAAUUCUAAUGGACGGUUUCGGUGUUUGAAUUUGAUAAGCUCAAUUUUAAGGCUUUAUGUGUAGUAUUUCUUCACUUGGAUCUGAUUUGUUAUGUGAUAACAUGUGAAGUGUGCCUUUUCAACUGGAAAAAUUCAACAUGGUCUACUCAAGAUAACCAUUGUUUUAAAUUUUUCUUUGUGUUGCAUGCAUACUUGAAACCCACUUUCUGCCAAGAACUAAUGCAUCUGCCUGUUAGAAGUUAAAAAAUGAGUACAGCUUUACACCUGUAGAACAUCAGCAUUACAACUGAAAAGUCAAAAGCUACUAAAGAUGUAUGAAUUGUGACAAUGACCCACUGAUUUGUUUCUGAGACCAAGCAUACAAGAUUUUGUUUGUAGAUUCCCACUAUUUAUAUUUCUUCCUAUCUCAAAGUACCACUUUGCCUUGGGGUUGUAUGUUGACAUGUUCUGAAUACUUUUUAACUUUUUUUGUUGACAAUAGUUUGGCUGAAUUUCUUACAUGAUCAUUGAAUCGGUUAUGCCCAUCCCACAAAGCCUGGCAAGCUUUGCAUUAAAUCUAGUGACUGAAAAUACUCAUUCUAAGAUGCCUUUUGAGAAUACAUAUGGUAUUUUGAAUUGUUUUUUUGGUUGGUUUAAUUGGUCACAAGAAAGAUGUCUUGUGUUAAAAUCUAGAAAUCAAAUUAUGAUGGAAACAGGGUUGGACAGUUGUGUAAAUUUUUAUCUUGAGGCUGAUAUGAGAAGUGACUUGAAAUACAUCCAGUCAUUAACCUUGA